CGUAUAUAAAUCGUUCGAUAGAAUUGUCAAUUACAGUUUUGCGAACCUUGUCAAGAUGUACGCUCCGGUCAUCUUCGCGUUGUGCCUGGCGGUCACCGUCUACGGCUUCCCCGAGUCCCAGAUCGUAGGUGGCCACGACGCCCCAGCUGGAAAGUUCCCGUACCAAGUGUCGCUUAAGGAAAACGGCAGACACUUCUGCGGUGGCUCGAUCGUCAACAAUCACUAUAUCCUCACCGCUGCUCACUGCGUCGUUGGAAUCAAGAAUCUGAAACACAUCACCGUCCAAGCUGGAACUACCCAUCUUAACGCCCGUGGACACGUUCACACGGUAGAAAAGAUCACCCACCACCCCAACUAUAACUCCGCCAAGCUCGUUAACGAUGUCGCCGUGAUCCGUGUGCACAAGCCUAUCGCGUUCAACAAAAUGGUUAAGGCGAUCAAAUUGGCCACUUCCAAGGUUGCCACGGGAGCCAAGGUGGUCUUAUCCGGAUGGGGAAGAACCAGGGCUGGAGGAUCGAUACCUAACAAUCUCCAGGAAAUCGAUUUGAAGGUCGUCUCGCAGGCUCGGUGCAAGAAGGCUCACACGAACGUGAGAGACAGUCACAUCUGCACCCUCACCAGACACGGCCAGGGUGCGUGCAACGGUGACUCCGGCGGUCCUCUUGUCCACAACGGAGUUCAAGUUGGUAUCGUCUCCUACGGCCACCCCUGCGGUGUUGGAUACCCCGAUGUCUUCACCAGGGUGUCCUCCUUCGUGCCCUGGAUCCGAAGGCAAUUUAUCGGCUCCAACCUGAGCCUUGGGCGCGUAUAUAAAUUGAUCGAUAGAGUCGUCAGCUACAGUAUUGCGAAUCUUGCCAAGAUGUACAUUCCGGCCAUCUUUGCGCUGUGCCUGGCGGUCACCGUCUACGGCUUCCCCGAGGGUCAGAUCGUAGGUGGUCACGACGCCCCGGCUGGAAAGUACCCGUACCAAGUUUCGCUUAAGAACAACGGCAGACACUUCUGCGGUGGAUCGAUCAUCAACGACCGCUACGUGCUCACAGCAGCUCACUGCGUCGUUGGAAUCAAGGACGUGAGCGUCGUCUCCGUCCAAGCUGGAACCAACCUACUUAGCGCCCGUGGAUCCGUCUACGCGGUAGAAAAGAUCACUGCUCAUCCCGAUUACAACUCCAUGCUGAUCGUUAACGAUGUAGCCGUGAUCCGCGUGGAGAAGACUAUCGCUUUCAACAGCCUGGUUCAGCCGAUCAAACUGGCCGCUGUCGACGCUCCCGAGGGAUCCGGAGUAGUCUUGACCGGAUGGGGAACCACCAGGAACGGAGGAUCGGUGCCCGACAAUCUCCAGGAAAUCGACUUGAAGAUCUACGCGCAGGCGCAGUGCAAGAAAACUCACUGGAAUUUGAAAGACAGCCACAUCUGCACCUUCACCAAAUCCGGGGAGGGAGCGUGCCACGGUGACUCCGGCGGUCCUCUUGUCAGCGGCGAAGUUCAAGUUGGUAUCGUUUCCUUCGGUCGCCCUUGCGGUAUCGGAUACCCAGAUGUCUUCACCAGAGUAUCCUCCUUCCUGCCCUGGAUCCAACAGCAAUUGAAGUGAACGCUCGAGAACGAUAACCGGGAACCAAAUAUGGGAUUCAUUAAAUAGCUUUAUUUCUGUUGUGUGAUUUUUUAAUAAAUUUCAUUUGCUUCUGAUAAUUAAACGUA